AUGUCAAACUUUUUUGAAUUACCAUCAGAACAUUGGACGUUUGAAAAAAUUGCGGCCCACUAUUGCUUUGAAAGCGAAGCUCGUGUUUUCGAUCGUAUUAAAAAAGAUCUAACGUCACGUUCUAACAUGAAAGACGAUUCCGCACUGCUAGCAAAACAGCUUGUAACGUCCGACUGGAAGAAACUCGUCGAACGUGUGAAAACUUGUUUAACUGUCGACAUGAUCAGGAGAGAAGCUACCAUUUCUACAUACACAGAUGGAGCAAAAUCUAUGGCGAAGGUUCACAUGGAUAUUCUUAAUAACAUCGACCAUGUAUCAUCUUUUAAGCGACCCCAUGAUUUGGAAAAGGAUGAUACCAAUCCAAGAAAGCGACCGAUUCAGAAUCCAUCCGCGUCUGCUUCCUCCGCAAUUGAUUAUGACGAACCAUCUGCUUCUGAUAACAGGCCAUCUUCUUCCUCAGAAGUUGGUGAUGAUGAAUUAUCGGAUAAUGAGAUUUCACCUUUUGAACUUGACCUAGUAAAAUUUGAUAAAGCGUACUCGGAAUUGGACCCCAAUUGCAUGUGGAUACUUAAGAGUGGUCGAAAGGUGGAAGAGGUUAUCUAUAAGUUUGCGAGAAAUUUACCUGGAGAGACAUGCUUACAUUCAUUUAUAAUAAAUGAUGCCGACACAGAUGCUGAAUCAUUAUUCUCCACGGAAGAAUGGGAUGAAAUUACUAAUUUAGAAUCUAAGGACUUUCCAAAUCUUGAACGUUCUCUUAAAGACUUAAUGAAAAAAUAUACAGUUGACAACAUAAAACAAUUACAAAAGUUAAUUCUUGAACCAUUUGUAGAUGAAUACGAUAAUGAACUUCAUUUCGAUCAUAACUAUAUAAAUUAUGCAUAUCGAAGUAUGUUAUUCCUAUGGCAAAAAGCUCAAAAUCCCUUUAUUGAUUCAAAGUUAGAAGGGUGGUAUCAGAUGAACAUAUGGGGUCGUUUGAUAGACCCAGCUUUUGAUAAUCAGAACUUUGAGUUAGCACGUGGUGAAAGCAUGAGUUUCGCUUCUAGUGACAGGAAGAACCAUAAGAGAACAAUUAAUGAUAGAAAGAAGAUUGGCCGUAAAGGCGAUGGAGUUUUCAGACUAAGUGGAGAUCGUUUAGAAUUUGGCGCGACAGAAGCUGGACGUCAGCUUGCUGUGGCGUGUGAUGGGAAGGAAGAUCUUGUAAGAAAGUUGCAAGUGGUAGGAAUUUUACAUGGAGCUAACAGGUUUCAGCUACUAAUAAUGGACUAUCCCAAGGGAUACAUUUCUCGUGUUAAACAUAGAAAAGUUCACACAGUUGCCGGACGUUUAAAUAAGUCAGAACCACUUGCAUACACUUUAAAAGAAAUAUUAUGCGCUAAGGCUAUCAUUAAUCAGACUUUGGACAUGAUAAAUACGAAGAAUAAUGUUAAUCUGGAAAAUUUUCUUGACGAUUCUGAUGAAGAAGGAUAUCGCACGCCUCCUCGGACUGUUGCCACACCUAAAACUUUCAUAACUCCAAAGACAAAGCGAACUUUAGAUGUAAUUAAUAAUGAUAGCGAAUAG